ACUUUGAGUAUGCAAGGAAGGGUGCAUGCCUUCAGCAGACUCUCGUUACGUUGCACGAAGAACUACACACCUCUUGAUACUAAGCGCGUCGUGCACUAUGAAACUCUGUAAUACGAUGAGAACUUUGGGAGCUAUUAACACUCCGAGGAUAAUUCUGAAUACUCUGAGAGCAGUGAUACGUGUGAAUACUAGGAGAACUUUGUGCAACUCUGAGAACUCUGUGAACUCUGAGAUCACCGCGAAUUGUGAAAAAUCUGAGAACUCUGAGAAUUUUGAGAAAUCUGAGAAUGCUGAGAACGCUGAGAAUUCUGAGAACGCUGAGAAUUCUGAGAACUCUGAGAACACUGAGAACUCUGAGAACACUGAGAAACGUGAAAAAUCUGAGAAAUCUGAGAACUCUGAGAAAUCUGAGAACUGUGAAAAAUAUGAGAACUCCGAGAACUCUGAGAACUCUGAGAACUCUUAGAUUUUGGGUACUCUGCUGAGAACGCUGAGAUUCUGCAUAAUCUGCUGAGAACUCUGAGAUUCUGAGUACUCUGCUGAGAAAUC